AUGUCCGUACAAACAUACGGUGAUAAACCGGUGGCUUUCCAGCUUGAAGAAGGUGGAGAAUACUACUAUGUAGGUUCAGAGGUGGGAAACUAUUUACGACUAUUUCGUGGUAUUUUAUACAAGAAAUAUCCCGGUAUGACUCGUAUCGUUUUGUCAAAUGAGGAACGUAAACGUCUGGCCGAUUCUGGACUGAGUCCACAUAUCUUGGCAAGCUCCGUUUCAUUGUUGAGGGCAUGUGAAGUGGAUGAUAUUAUUGCGGGGAAUGAUGAAAAAUAUCGGGCAAUAUCUGUCAACACCUCAGAUGCACCAUUGCCGCGUGAAAGUAAAUCCAAGAAACAACCACAAUAUGUACCCACUAUGCCAAACUCUUCGCAUUUGGAUGCAGUCCCACAGGCAACACCAAUAAAUCGCAAUCGUGUACAUACCAAGAAAAUCCGAACAUUUCCAAUGUGCUUUGACGACACAGAUCCAACUGCAAAUUUAGAGAAUGCCGCACAAAAGGAAUGUUUGGUUCCCAUACGUCUCGACAUGGAAUUGGAGGGGCAAAAAUUGCGUGACACUUUCACAUGGAAUAAGAACGAGAGUAUGAUCACACCAGAACAAUUUGCUGAGGUACUUUGCGAUGAUUUGGAUCUGAAUCCUAUACCAUUUGUCCCAGCUAUUUCUCAAGCCAUACGUCAGCAAAUUGAAGCCUUCCCCAGUGAUCCACCAAUUAUUGAAGAAGGUUCCGAUCAGAGGGUUAUUGUAAAACUGAACAUACAUGUUGGAAACACUUCCUUGGUGGAUCAGGUAGAAUGGGAUAUGUCCGAGAAGAAUAAUAAUCCCGAAGAAUUUGCUAUAAAGUUGUGUGCCGAGCUUGGAUUGGGUGGAGAAUUUGUUACGGCCAUAGCCUAUAGUAUUCGUGGUCAGUUGUCUUGGCAUUGUCGCACAUAUGCCUUCAGUGAGGCGCCAUUGUCCACAAUUGAUGUACCAUUUCGUAAUCCCAGUGAUGCUGAUGCUUGGGCACCAUUCUUGGAGACAUUGACCGAUGCCGAAAUGGAGAAGAAAAUUCGUGAUCAAGAUCGUAACACAAGACGUAUGCGUCGUUUGGCCAAUACAACAACUGGCUGGUGA